CCCUAAAUCGGCUUAUGAGUCAUAGGCCUGAGCCACACCGCGCUGUGGGAAUAAGAUGGCGGGGAAGAAGAAUGUUUUGUCGUCUCUUGCAAUUUAUGCGGAAUAUUCAGACCCUGAAUCUGAUGGCGAAACUGGAGUCGACGCUGUAGGCGGUGCGACUGAGGAGAAAGGUGGUUUGGUAUCUGACGCCUAUGGAGAAGAUGACUUCUCUCGCCCAGGGGGUGAUGAGGACGGUUAUGAAGAAGAGGAGGACGAGAACAGUAAGCAUUCGGAAGAUGACGAUUCAGAGACUGAAAAACCUGAGGCUGAUGACCCAAAGGAUAACACAGAAGCAGAGAAACGGGAUCCCCAGGAAUUAGUGGCCUCCUUUUCUGAAAGGGUCCGCAACAUGUCACCCGAUGAAAUCAAGAUCCCACCAGAACCGCCUGGCAGAUGUUCAAAUCACCUACAAGAUAAGAUCCAGAAGCUCUACGAGCGGAAGAUAAAGGAGGGGAUGGAUAUGAACUACAUCAUCCAAAGGAAGAAGGAGUUCCGCAACCCCAGCAUCUACGAGAAACUGAUCCAGUUCUGUGCCAUUGAUGAGCUGGGCACCAACUACCCAAAGGAUAUGUUCGAUCCCCACGGCUGGUCUGAAGACUCCUACUAUGAGGCAUUAGCCAAGGCCCAGAAGAUUGAAAUGGACAAAUUAGAAAAGGCCAAAAAGGAGCGAACCAAAAUUGAGUUUGUAACGGGAACCAAGAAAGGCACCACAACCAAUGCCACAGCCACCACCACCAGCACUGCCAGCACAGCUGUUGCAGAUGCCCAGAAGAGGAAGAGCAAGUGGGACUCUGCCAUCCCCGUGACGACAAUAGCGCAGCCAACCAUCCUUACCACCACAGCCACCCUGCCAGCAGUGGUCACUGUCACCACUAGUGCCAGUGGCUCCAAGACCACCGUCAUCUCUGCUGUGGGCACCAUUGUGAAGAAGGCCAAGCAGUGACAAGAGGAUGCCCAGGACUGGCAGUGACCAGAGGAUGCCCCAGGACUGGCAGGACUGUGCAGUCCAGUAGCUUCCACCCACUGGGAGGUGCCACUCUGUGUGUUUAGGACUGAGAUGCACUCCCUACAUGCCUUCCAAGAGGAGCCUCUCUGAUAUUCCAGCCGGAAGGACAUUACAGCAGAGGCAAUGGUGUGCACUGGACAGGGUUUGUCCAUACACCUCUUGGGUUUCACCCAAUUAAAAGUACUGCUUCUUGGAUCCUGGCAUGUCAGGUGGACUGGCCUCUCCCAUGCUGUGUUCGGGCAAACCUGAAGUUCAGUUGCCUCUCGUGACAGUCAAGAUGUUGCUCAGGAUGAACAGUGCUUGACAGGCCGUGGGAGUGCUCAGAGGGGCAGCCCAGGGAGCACCCGUGCUCAUUCCCAGUGUAUGCCCAGGGCGUGGGCAGGUGGGUGCUCAAGGAGGGGCCAGACACACAUCCUUUCCUGUUGUCUGUUUUCCUAUUUUCCUGAUCCUCAACAAUUCUCAGGCCAUAGCAGAGGCCGCUGCUCUCUUGGGUGCAGUUAAACACUCCCUACAGUGCUUCUGAUACACACCCAGGCUUUUGAAAUCAGGCCAGAUAACAGAGGGCUGGGAUGUGAUUCCCAACCUGCCCAGGGCAGGAGCAAAGUGUGGGCACCUGGCCAAGGCCGCCCCAGCCCCUCAGUGCCCAGUGAGUGUGGCCAGCAGGAUCCACGCAGUGGGAGAGAUGAAUCACCCCUGCCCUGGUCAGGGCAGCGGCUCAUUGUUUAUGUAAAGGCUGUGCUCUUGGGAAGGUCUCUGCCACCCCACCCUUCCUAUGUCGUUAUCUCUGCCCAGCAGCAGCCCCUGGGUAGCACCAGUGGCCACUCUUAGGGCCAGGAUCCGCCAGCCCAACGCCAGACAGAGGGAAGACUUGUCUUUUGUGCCCCCUGGCAGCUCUCCUUCACACUCAGCGGAAGGGCUGAGUGUCAAAAGAGGAAGUGGGGCUGUGAAGGGUCCCCAUGCUUCCGUGGGACCAACAGAGACACAGCCUCUGAGGUUGUGUUUGGUAUUUGUGUGACCUGGGGACUGACACGCCCAUGAAAUCUCUAAAAUGAAAACCUAGUCACUGUU